CGUAGAGUAUACCCGGCAAUGUUGAACCUAGUCUGCAGUAAACUCAACUCAGUCAUAGUGCGUGAGUGCGGAGGGCGCACGCGACCUCCUCUGAAUACAUUUAUAUAUUUCAGUUUAUAUUGGAGUAUUUUUUAUAUUGAAAUAUAUCUCUUUAAUUAAUAAAAUACUUUCGACAUGUACAAGCAAACGUUACUUAAAAAUUAGCUGUUUAUAGUGGCGACGGUCAUCGCCUCGAUGAGCUCCACAACAUCUCCAAAGACUUCUCUCGCCAAAUUGGUCCUAUAUCCAAAGCCUAAACCAUUCAAAGUGAUGGUGUUGGGACAAUCUGGAGUUGGCAAAUCUGCUUUGGUGGUGAGAUUCAUAACACGACGUUUUAUCGGAGAAUAUGAUCCUAAUUUAGAAAAAACUUACUCAUUUCACACUGUAAUAGAUAACGAGAUGGUUUAUUUCGAAAUAUUGGAUUCCGCCGGAGAUUCACAUGAAAGUGAAUACGCAAACCUAGACAGUAACAUUCGAUGGGCCGAGGCUUUCAUCUUAAUGUACUCGGUCACAGACAAAUGUUCAUUUGACGAAUGCCAUCGUCUCAAGUUCCUUAUAAAUUAUAAUAAGCGGAGGCGACGACUUUCUUCCUCUAUGAAAGAUAGUCUUCCAGAGACACCAGUGGUGUUGGUAGCCAACAAAGCUGAUCAGAUUGGCGACAGAAUGGUCUCAACGGAAGAAGGUCAAAGGAGAAGCAAAGAGAUAGGCUGUGUCUGCUUUCAUGAAAUUUCUGUGAGGGAAAGCAUUGACCAGGUAUGGAGUGUAUUCAGUGAUGCGCGUCGGUUUUGGCGCGUAAGUAACAAAUGGUCCCGUGGUCGUGAGUGCCGUGAUACCAGCAUCGUUGGUAUUGGCACUGACUUGCGGCAGCCACCGGUAGCACUGGGUCGCACGCUAGCACGAACUAUCUCUGACUCCACAGACACUGCAGCAACCAUCACGACACCAGUUGGAGCAUUUUGUAAUCGCUGGACAGAAAUGGACCUUGAAGAAGAAGAUGAAAUCAGUGUGACUAGAAGUAACUCUACAUCAUCAUCCGGAAAAUCUGAAGAUACCGAAGAGUUUCGAGCGCGUGCCAGCACAGACUCCCGUUUGCCUCCACGACCAACGAGAACACGACAUCCAAACGUCAAUCGACCGCUCCCACCGCCCGCCAGGAGAAUGAGUGUAGCUAUGAGGGGAAAUAGUGCUAACACAUAUUGACUGUUUUAUAGAUACAUUAAAGAUAGUAUCUAUGGUCCUAUUGUAUAUGGAAUAAUGCUGCUUGAUGUAAAUUUGACAUAUGUUAAAUAAAAGGUACUCUACUGAUUACCUAGAAUAGAAAAAAUAUAAGAGAUUCUUAUAUUAUUAUAAAUAAUACUCUGUCUCUAUCUCUCUACCAUGCCUGACGUAACGGCGGUUCUAGAGUCGAAUAUAUGUUUAGUACGUAAUGAUGGCAAGAGACCUGACGGAGUGUCGCUUGUUUUUUAGAAGAGCUUGUCGUUAAAAAAUAAGACUCCAUUUGUUUUGAUACAUCGACUUCAUUACACAUCCUAAACAUUAAAAUAUAUAUCAUCAUCAUCUCAGUCAUUAUCUGUCUACUGUUGCACAUAGGCUUCCCAUAGAUUGUCAUAUAAGAAUGUAAGGAAAGGUCCUGAACCAUCUGCAUCCACUAACUUCCUGUAAUGCAUUUAAGGUCGUCACUUUAACUAUUGAGGAGGGGAGCAUCUUACACUGCGUGUGCCCGUCCGGAAUCGCCCCUCAAGAUCUUUUCUCCCCCAUCGGUUCAUAAUCUAGAGAAUUAGUUCAUUCUUCGUUUAAAUGGCUCAGUCUAGCCAUCCAACAAGGUAAUGCUGCCAACGUCUUAGAAACCCCUUCACAUGGGUCCAAUUUUAUUUUUUAUGUCAAAAAUUUUAUAAACAUUUAUAAUAUUUGGUAAAAAGAAUAUAAUUAUACAAACAAUUAUUUUUAAAAUGAAAUCAAAGAUCUGACUAUAAAUUAUAAAGGUAACCAAUAAUGUAAGCUAAUACUUUAAAAAUAAAAUUUAAAUAUUCAAUAUUCUGAUCACAA